CAUUUUUGCAAAGUCAAGAAUGAUCGAGUCACGUAAUCUAUAUUAUUUUUAUAAAUAUUCAUUGGUCAAAUAAUUGAGGUAACCUAAACCAUUUUUUCAUUUAUUCUUUAACAAUUUAAUCAUUCUUUGAGAUGCUUAUAAAUUCAACUACAUAUGAUGCCCAAUAGACUCACUAAACAUAUCCUCUUCUCUUUGUAACAAUAAUACCAUCAUUAAGAAAAACAAUCAAAUAUGGAAUUCCUUCAUUCUCCAAAUAGAUCAAUAAAACUAUCAUUAAUAUUUCCCAUUUUUGUGUUACUUUUUUUCUCAUGCAUAGUUUCAUCUACAAAUUCACAUGACAACACUUUUAUCCAUUGCCUAGUGAAUCAUUCACAACCUUCACACCCAAUAACUUCAUCAAUCUUUACACCAAGCAAUCCAACAUUCUCUUCAGUCUUAGAAGCCUACAUAAGAAACCUUCGUUUCAACACAUCAACCACAAGAAAACCCUAUCUUAUAAUAACAGCAUUACAUGUUUCCCACAUACAAGCUUCAAUCAUUUGUGCUAAAAAACACAACUUGCAAAUGAAAAUAAGAAGUGGAGGACAUGACUAUGAGGGUGUCUCAUAUGUAGCUGAAGUUCCAUUCUUUAUCUUAGACAUGUUCAAUCUAAGAUCAAUUGAUGUUGAUAUUGAAAAUGAAACAGCUUGGAUUCAAACCGGUGCCCAACUCGGUGAAGUUUACUAUACAAUUAAUAAAAAAAGUGAAAUUCAUGGUUUCCCGGCCGGUGUUUGUCCUACGGUUGGUGUUGGAGGAACUCUUAGUGGUGGCGGAUACGGUAACAUGAUGAGAAAAUUUGGUCUUUCUGUUGAUAAUGUUAUUGAUGCACAAAUAAUUGAUGUCAAUGGUACGUUGCUAGAUAGAAAAUCAAUGGGUGAAGAUCUUUUUUGGGCUAUAAGAGGUGGCGGGGGAGCUAGUUUUGGUGUUGUUCUUUCGUACAAAAUAAAAUUGGUUCGAAUUCCUAAGAGAGUAACUGUUUUUCAAAUUAGGAAAACUUUGGAACAAAAUGCUAGUGACAUAAUUUAUAAUUGGCAACAUGUGGCACCAAAUAUUGAUAAUGACCUAUUCAUUAGGCUUAUUAUUGAUGUAAAUGUUACACAAAAUGGUGCAAAGACUAUAAGGGGUAGUUUUAUAUCUUUAUUUCUUGGUGAUUCAAAAACUCUUGUUUCACUAAUGAAUGAAAAAUUUCCUUCCUUGGGUUUGAAGGAAAGUGAUUGCAUCGAAACAAGUUGGCUUCAAUCGGUUUUGUUUUGGACUAAUAUCGAUAUUACAAAACCGGUCGAGAUUUUGCUUGAUCGACAACCACAAUCAUUGAACUACUUGAAAAGAAAAUCGGAUUACGUAAAGAAACCGAUAUCGAAAAAGGGUUUGGAAGGGAUUUGGAAGAAGAUGAUUGAGUUGGAAGGUGCGAUAUUAUAUUUCAAUCCAUAUGGUGGAAAAAUGGCUGAGAUUCCAUCAACAGAAACACCGUUUCCUCAUAGAGCCGGAAAUUUAUGGAAGGUUCAAUAUCAAGCAAAUUGGAAUGUGGCAGGGAAAGAUGUUGCUGAUUAUAAAAUAAACUUGACUAGACAACUUCACAAAUAUAUGACUCCAUUUGUGUCCAAAAAUCCAAGAGAGGCUUUUCUUAAUUAUAAGGAUCUUGAUUUGGGAAUUAAUCAUAAUGGUAAGAAUAGUUACAAUGAAGGGAGAGUUUAUGGAGUUGAAUAUUUUAAGGAUAAUUUUGAUAGAUUGGUGAAAAUUAAGACUAAGGUUGAUCCUCACAAUUUCUUUAGGAAUGAACAAAGCAUACCUACUCAACCCUCCCUAUAGGAAGAGUUAGAAUUAAUCAUAUGGUGUGUUAUUAGUUUCUAGUUAAUUGUUUGGUGAUUGUUAUUUGUUAAAUAGUAGUAAUAAGUUUGAUUGGUCCACAAAAAAACAUGUUUUAUUGUGGAAAUAAAACUAAGUGCUAAAUAUUCAGUUAAUUAGUUACUACAAUGUAAGUUUAAUAUUUUAUUUUACUAUUAAUGUAAAUUUGUUUGGUUUGAUAAUGAAUGAAAUAAAGUUUGCUACCAA